GAUCGAUUUUGGCACACCGCCUGACAACAGAUAUUUCACAGAAGGGAUCGAUAUGUCUUGAAGGAAACAUUUCAAGCGCCAUAGCAACUGUGAUGACACACGAUACCGUUUGAAUUAUAUUAAUCGCCUUUCUUGCAUUUGACGUUCUUUGUACCAUGUAACUUCGUCGAAGGUGAACUACUUUCAGUCUGCGGACACCGUGUUUGGUUAAAUCUGGAAAUCGAUGCCCCUUAAUGUGGACAUCAAACUCUCCUAAGUUCCAAAUGGAAUUAAGCUACAUAUAUUUAGCAUACACUUUGCUCGCUCUGCUCCGUCUUCGAUAUUGCAUUGGUUGUGAUGACAUGACAUACAUGUACCCAGAGGAAACUUUGAACGGGGGUCUUGUGUCGGACUUAUCUCUGUGGACGCGAACAGAUACGGGUUCUCUCCUUGGUUGUACCAGCGACUGUAAACGUGACAAGAAAUGUGUAUCCGUGUUCUACAACACUGACACUGACACAUGUACUGCCCAUGCUGUCCAACUUUUCCCUACAGAUCCGCGGACAACAGAUGCUGGGUCCGUCUACUACACGCUGCCCAUAGAAAGAAAGGAUUGCGCGGACAUUUUGGCCCAGGAUCCGUCAUCUGCCGAUGGCAUCUACGUUGUAAACCCUAAUGAUGGCCAGGGACCGAUCCGGGUGUACUGUGACAUGACCACUGAUGGUGGUGGGUGGACGGUGUUCCAGAGAAGGAUAGAUGGUUCAGUUGACUUUUACCAGAACUGGGCGACCUACAAGUCUGGGUUCGGAUCUCCUGGAAGCGAGUUUUGGAUUGGUAAUGACAUACUUAAUCGCUUGACAACGGCAAAAGCAUCACAACUGAGGAUCGACAUGAGAGACCAAAGUGACGUAUUCGGGUAUGCAAAGUACUCAUCCUUCUCUGUGGGGAACGAAGGUGGCAAAUACCUACUUACAGUAUCGGGCUACAGCGGUGACAGAGGUGACUCAUUUGCCAGCACCCAUAACGGCAUGUACUUCUCCACCAAGGACAGGGACCAAGACACGUGGCAGAACAACUGUGCACUCACCCGUUACGGUGGCUGGUGGUACAGGGAUUGUCACUCAAGCAACCUGAACGGGCUCUACGGCACCAGCGCUUUCAGCAACGGCUUGAACUGGGAAAGUUGGCACGGCUUCGAAUACUCUCUCAUGUGGACUGAAAUGAAGCUGAGACCUGCUUAAAGUUGCGGUUCCUUCUCUUGAAUAACUAGUUGAGAAACAAGUGAGUGAGUGAAGAUGGUUUUACGCCGCUUUUAGCAAUAUUCCAGCAAUAUCACGGCGGAGGACACCAGAAAUGGGCUUCACACAUUUUACCCAU